CCAUUCAACUUCAUAUCCUCUUGAACUCGUCCAUCUCUCUUCACUCCCACUGCGUCUGUCCUAGUUGAUGACUUCAGUGACCUCCACAAGCCCCAGUCUAUCCUUCAUUCUGAUGCCUGAUAAGCCUUUCUAAAAUCAGAUCUUGAUCCUCCCCUGCUCUAAGAUAAAGAGCCCCCCAUGUCUCUAAGAUAAAAUCCACACCAGUUAGCAAAAUUGGGAGGACCUCUGCCUAUCUCUCUAGCUUCCUCUGUUUUAUUAUUUAUUCCUUGAAAUUCACUUUCCAGUCAUGUCAUCAAUGUGAAGUUCCAUGAAAAUGCCCUGUUUUCUCAAUUCUAUGGGCACUUCCUACUUCCUCUGCCAGGUGUCUUCACCCCUGCUUUCUUUGAUCUGGCUACCUGCUAUUCACCCCCGAAGAAGGGGUCAUCUCCCAGGAGCUAUCUCUGAGCCUCUCCUUCAGUUCCCCCAAAGUCAGAUUUAGCUGUCCCUCCUGGGCCAAAGAAGACAUCUGCUGUCUCUGUAUCUUACAUACUUAUCAGGUACGCCAUACGUUUUUUUUAAAUGUUUAUUUAUUUUUGAAAGAGAACACAAGAGGGAGAGAGGCAGAGAGAAAGGGAGACGGAGAAUGUGAAGCAGGCUCCAAGCUCUGAGCUGUCAGCACAGAGCCCAUCGCGGGGCUCGAACUCCAGAACCACGAGAUCAUGACCUGAGCCAAAGCCAGACGCUUAACCAACUGAACCACCCAGGCACUCCCAUACAUGUUUGUUAAAUGAAUAGGUAGCUCUUAGAAGUCUGAAAGCACUUAAUUUUGUUUUUAUCAGAAGGAACAACUUAUCACUUUGUUUUUUUUUCCCCUCCCUCUAGCUAUGCAAUUUUUUAAAAACCUACAGUGAAGUGUAACUUGAUUUACCUGUACUACUUGUUUACCCAGCCUAGUAAUAAUUUGAUAUGGUGGCUUCAAUCAAAAACUGAUUCAGCUAAAUGGACCUAUACGCCAUCCACAGCACUUGGAUUGUCACUUGCAUUUAUCUUCAGCUGCUCCUAUUUAACCCUCUGGUCAAAACUAAAGGGCUCUGCAGGAACCGUGUGACUGAUGAUGUGAAAGACGUUACAAAAUUGGUGGCAAAUCUUCCAAAAGACUAUAAGAUAGCCCUCAAAUAUGUCCCCGGGAUGGAUGUUUUGCCUAGUCAUUGUUGGAUAAGCGUGAUGGUGGAACAGUUGUCAGUCAGCUUGACUGAUCUUCUGGACAAGUUUUCAAAUAUUUCUGAAGGCUUGAGUAAUUAUUCUAUCAUAGACAAACUUGUGAAAAUAGUGGAUGACCUUGUGGAGUGCGUGGAAGGACACUCAUCUGAGAAUGUAAAAAAAUCAUCUAAGAGCCCAGAACCCAGGCUUUUUACUCCUGAAGAAUUCUUUAGAAUUUUUAAUAGAUCCAUUGAUGCCUUCAAGGACUUGGAGAUGGUGGCAUCUAAAACUAGUGAAUGUGUGGUUUCUUCAACAUUAAGUCCCGAAAAAGAUUCCAGGGUCAGUGUCACAAAACCAUUUAUGUUACCCCCUGUUGCAGCCAGCUCCCUUAGGAAUGACAGCAGUAGCAGUAAUAGGAAGGCCACAAAUGCCAUAGAAGACUCCAGCAUACAAUGGGCAGUCAUGGCAUUACCAGCGUGCUUUUCUCUUGUAAUCGGAUUUGCUUUUGGAGCCUUCUACUGGAAGAAGAAACAACCGAAUCUCACAAGGACAGUUGAAAAUAUACAGAUUAACGAAGAGGAUAAUGAGAUAAGUAUGCUGCAAGAAAAAGAGAGAGAGUUUCAAGAGGUGUAAUUGUGGCUUAUAUCAACACUGUUACUUUUGUGCCUUGUAAUGAAUAAAUAUUUGUUGGAGGACAAAUGGAGAAGAUGAGAAUCUCAGAAAAUUGCAAUAAUAUGAGAAUAAAAUUUAUGAAAAUAAAAACAAAAAUAGACCUGGAAAGGAUAGGAAAAAGGAAGACAAAAGAGCCAGGUUUCAUCAUGAAUCUGCAGACUCCAAAGUGUGAAUAUGUAGGUAUCAUUUGUUACCAUUUACUGAGUACCCACUGUGUAGAGUAAAAGCCUUUUGCUUGUCCCUAUACCAACAGAGGUUUAAGGCCUGAUGAAGAACUUUGUAAUUUGGGGAGAGGAUUGUGGUGAAGGAAAAGGUUUGGGAGAGCAGAAUAGGAUGCAGUAAGAGGAAAUUUGCUGAGAAAUAAGAAAGCCGUAGUAAAAAGUACCAAGAUAGAAAUGUAAUAUGCAGUUGUUGUUAUAUAUUUUAAAUAUUAGAUAUGAUUUGGAUUAUAGUCAUUUUCUUGGUUAACAAGGAAGGGGAAAUUACAGGGAAUGACUCAGAUUUAUUGCAAGGAUUUCUCCCUCAAGUGGAAGUUUCACCAGCUAAAAAAAAAUGAAGACAAAUAUUGGAAUACUAGAACAAAAAAUGGAAUAAUUAGUUCUUCAAAUGAAAUAACCUGUAAUUGGAAAAUGAAAAGAGGAAAGGUUUGAUAUUUUGAAAACAAGGAAAUAACAUGGAAUAUAAGGUAAUGAACUAGAAACAAAAGAAACCGGUGCUAAGAGAAAAUAUACUAAUCUAUAUAAACAGUUUAAAAUCGACUUAGUUGACUAGCUGAUGCCAAGUAUUCAUAAGUGGCAUUCCACAAGAAUUUUUCAUUUAUUAGCUUGUGUGUAGCAGUUUGAGAAAGAAAGAAAAGAGUAUAUUAUAGGAAAAUUUCACUCUUAAUUCUUCCCACAAAUGUGAUUUCAACACACUCUAGUAGAUACAUUGUUGGAUGCAAAGCUUAAUAUAGCCUACUUGUGUCCUUAAAUUGCCUAUAGCCUACCAAAGGAAGUAAGACAUAUGCAUAAUAACCUAUUUUUAAAAGCAAACUAGAAGUUUGCAAAGUUAAAACAAUGAAAGGAGCUUACAAGGAAAAUGCAAUAAGAGAUCAAAGGCACUGAUUAUGGUUGUACAGGAUGUGUCCUUGACUCAGAGAUAUAGAUGGUGAUAUGUAUGGAUAGACCUCUUAGAACUGUAGUAUGCACACCCAUAAACAGUUGCUUUAUCUGAAAGGAGAAAGAAAUCACUAGCAAUAGGAGAAAGGCUUCAUCAUGUAGGUGAUGGAGGUGGCAUUUAUACUGAGCUAGAUCUUGGAUGACUGGUAACAUUUUAAUAGCAAUAGGGAAGGGGAAAUCCAGACACUGCAAUUGGUAUAAACUAAGAGAGGCCAAAAGUACAGAGAAAGUGUUCAAGAGUCCAUUUGUACAGUUGGACUACAGUGGGAGGUCACACAUGAAGGGCUGAAAUGCUGAGAAGCAAGGAUGUGGGCAUCAGUUUGAAAAAUUACAAAUACAGGACGUGUACUCUAUUGAGUAAUGUAAGGAGCUAUGGGAGGGCUUCAAAAAAGAUGUGAGUAAUAUAUUCAAAACCGAGUAUUAUGAAAGUAAUGAAAUGUUGGUGUGGCCGGAUGAAUGGAAGCAGUGAACUGGAGUCAGGCAGUCCACCUAGGAGGCCAAUCUUCCAAAUAGAUGUGAGAGAAUGAUGAUGUAAACUGGGGUGAGGGCCAUGGAAAUAGGAAAGCAUGGAUCUGUUUGGAGAUAUGCAGUGAAAUAAUCAACACAUUCUAGUUACUGAUGGAAUGUGAGGCUUGACAUCACAGGUAGUACUCAAGGAUAAUUUGGAGCCUAUGAGACUAACCAGAUGGCGGUGCCAUUAAAAGGAAAUAAGGAGUUGUUAAUAAAUAUUGAUGGGGGCAAAUGUCUUAGACUGGAAAUUCAAAGAACAGUCAGGGCUGGAGGUAAUAGAUUUGGGGUUUGGGAGUCAUCUACAAAGAAUUUUAAUUGAGACCUUGGAAGAAGGACUGCAUCACUGAGAAGGCCCUGUUUGGUUGACAGUAAAUAACAUGAGUUUGUAGACACUCAUUUGUCAGUGUUAUUGAGACACCCCAGCAUGGUAAGUGUUGAAAGUAAUUUUGGGAGGUCCUGGGUGGCUCAGUCAGUUGGGCAUCCGACUCUUGAUUUCAUCUCAGGUCAUGAUCUCAUGGGUCAUGGGUUUGAGCCCUGCAUGAGGCUCCAUGCUGCCAGUGCAGUCUGGGAUU